AUGUCUCGCCGUGCCAGUACCUUGGACCUGGACAUUACCAGCAAGUACAGCACUUUGGGAGGGCAGGCCCAACGGCGCUCCACUACCCUGAGUUCCCAGUCUCAGCCCAAAACCUCCAAGCCAGGUGAUGUCCUUUGUGACUUCUGCACCACUCGGAAACAGAAGGCUGUGAAGUCCUGCCUACUGUGCCUGGCCUCCUACUGUGAGACCCACCUCCAGUCCCACUAUGAGUACCCAGCCUUGAUGAAACACAAGCUGGUGAAGGCCACGGGCCAGAUGAGGGAGAAGAUCUGUGCCCAGCACGACAAGCUGCUGGAGGUGUUCUGCCGCACCGACCAGACCUCAGUCUGUGUCCUCUGCAUGAUGGAUGAACACAAGCGCCACGACACUGUGCCGGCUGGCACUGAGAGGGUUGAGAAACAAAAACAGCUGGGGUCCACUCUAAUGAAGUCUCAGCAGAGGAUUGAUCAGAGAGUGAAGAAGUGGACAGACCUUCGCCAGGCUGUGGAGUCAGUCAAGCACUCUGCACAGGCGGUGUUGGAUGAAAACGAACGUAUCUUCACAGAGCUGCUGCGCUCCAUAGAGAGAAGGUACAUAGAGGUGAGGGAGCUGGUGCGAGCCCAGGAGAAGACCACAGUGAUCCAGGCUGAGGGACUGUUGGACCGCCUGGAAGAAGAGAUAACUCUGCUGAGGAAGAAACACACUGACCUGGAGAAACUCUCCCACACUGACGACCACAUACACUUCCUACAGAGCUGGCAGUCUCUGUCUGGUCCCUCUGGGUAUGAGGAUCUAAACAAUGUCACUGUCGUGCCAUACUACUCCUUCGAUGGAGCCAAGAGAGCCAUCGCUGCGUUGAAGGUGCAAGUGGAGGAAAUCAACAAGACGGAAAUCAGCAAAAUCGCCUCAGCAGACCUGGUCCAGCCGACCCUGGAUGUCAACAGUGCCCACCCCAACCUGUACCUAUCUGAGGGCAACACUGUAGCCAAGAUGAUGAGCGAACCCAAGAACUACCCAGACCAUCCAGACAGGUUCGACCACUGGCAGCAGCUGCUGUGUAAGGAGGGUCUGUCAGGGAGUCGCUGCUACUGGGAGGUAGACUGGAGAGGAACGGAGAUAGACAUCGCCGUCACCUUUCAGAGCAUCAACCGCAAGGGCAACAGCAACGAAUGUAGCCUGGGUUGGAACGACAAGUCCUGGAGCCUGUACUGCUCUGAGGACAAAUAUUCCUUUGUGCACAAGAACCAGAGCACAGAUAUAGCCAAGCCCAGGUCCUCAAGGGUAGGAGUGUAUGUGGACCAGAUAAAGGGGACUCUGGCGUUUUACAGUGUGUCUGAUAGCAUGAACCUCCUUCACAAAGUACAGACCACCUUCAUAGAGCCUCUCUACCCUGCCUUCAGUGUGUGGGGCUUUGGUUCCAGUGUGAAACUAGUAUAA